ACGUCCGGCAGGAAAAUGAGAAAAACACGAACGGAAUCCCCAGGAUUACGUUUCUCAUCACUAUUUAUUAGGCCUCAGUAGCAACGAGUUCUUCACAACCCUUCUAAGGAGAGAAAAAGAUUUUCUUGGACAUUUUCUGGCUCUCAGGUGGAAAAGUGGAGUCUCAGCAUGACGAGCAGACCCAGUUUUAUUCUGCCACUUCUUCAAAUAUGGAUCUCUCUUCUUGUGGUAGAAUCUACUUCAGAAUGCUUCAUUAAAGAUGAUAAAGCCUACUGUGUUCUGAGAAACCUGGACAAGGUGCCGGUUUUGCCUCCUAACAUAACUUAUUUGGAUCUGAGUUUAAAUGCCAUUAGUGAAAUCCAUGAGAAAUCCUUUUAUGGUUUGGAAAAGCUACAGAUUCUUAUAAUCCAGCAACAGGAAGUGAGGCUUGUCUUGAGGAAUAAUGCCUUUAGUGGACUGUCCAAUCUGAUAAAACUGGAUCUGGCUUACAACACCAACCUACGAGUGGAUCCAGGAGCAUUCCAUGGAUUAUUCAACCUUCAGAUACUCGAUCUUUCAGAAUGCAAGUUAUAUGACUCUAUUCUUUCAGGAGACUACCUGAGACCUCUGGUGUCUCUGGAGCAGCUUUCACUACCUGGAAAUAAUAUACGGAAAAUCCGUCCAGCUUCUUUCUUCGUCAACAUGAGCAGAUUGCACAUUGUAGAUAUCUCCCAUAACCGGAUUAACAGUUUCUGUGAAGAAGAUUUAUUCCACUUUCAAGGGAAACACUUCACACUGCUGAAAUUGCGUGAUAUCAAAAUGUCUGAUAUGAAUCCAUAUUGGGGUUCGUGGAAUAAAUGCGGAAAUCCGUUCAAGAACAUGUCUAUGACGGCGCUAGAUUUGUCUCUAAACAGCUUCAGCGUCGACAUGGCAGUGCUGUUCUUCAGAGCGAUCCGAGGAACCAAAAUUCACAAUCUCAUCCUUAAUCACAGUGGCAGCAUGGGAAAGGGAGUUUGGUACGGCAAUAUGAAAGACCCAGACCGAGACACAUUUAUGGACCUGGCUGAGAGUGGCAUUAAGGCUCUGGAUCUGUCCAAAGCUAGCAUUUUCACUCUUAAAGAUUCGGUAUUCAGUUAUAUGCCAGAUCUGGAGGAAAUCUCACUAGCGGGUAAUUCAAUCAACCAAAUUGAGAAAGAUGCUUUUUAUGUCCUGGACAAUUUAAGAACACUCAAUCUGUCUCAUAACCUUUUGGAUAAAAUUUAUUCAGGAACAUUUAAGAAUUUGCAAAGUCUUGAGACACUGGAUUUAUCUAAUAAUAACAUACGGAUGCUUAUGCCUCAGUCAUUUCAAGGUCUGUCCAAUUUGGUUUAUCUGUCUGUGUCUGAAAAUUCCUUACAGUAUGUACAUACACUAGCACACCUUCCACAGCUCAGACAGCUCUACUUAGACAAUAACAAAAUUACAUCACUGUACGGUCUAACAAGCCAAGUAAGAAACCUCACUACUAUUGAUUUGAGGAACAACAAAUUAAGCAAUGCUGAGAGCUUCUACAGUGUAUUAGUGGAAUUCCCUAAAGUUGAAAAAAUAUACCUUGGAGGCAACAAGUUUUCAUUCUGUUACCUUAAUGCUCACUAUUCCGUAUCACCUUCAAACAAUGUACAAUUUCUCGACCUCCACAUGACCGACUUACAAACGCUCUGGCUACAAGGAAAGUGUCUCCACAUGUUCGACCACCUUCACCAGUUGCGGACUCUUCUUCUUCAACAAAACCUGAUACAUUCUCUUCCCAAAGACAUUUUUAAGGGACUCAGCUCGUUAAACACUUUAGAUUUAUCCGUCAACUCUCUAACCUACAUAUCUAACAACAUAUUUCCUAAAAGUCUGAGGACACUGAAGCUUGCUCACAAUCAUCUGGGUUCUGUUGACCCACGAGCCUUCGACACCCUGACGACAUUGGACCUGCUUGGGAAUCGGUUCCUUUGUGAUUGCAGCCUGAGAGACUUGCAGAGAUGGUUAAGUCAGAAAAAUGUGAAAAUGUUGACCCCUGCUGAGGAACUGACCUGUGAGUAUCCAGAACGGCAGCGAGGGAAAUCUCUCCUGCAGGCUGCAUUGUGCAAGGACAAAAAGUACUGAAACACACGAAAGAGAAUAGAAGUUUAUUUCUCUUUAAUGCAUAUUGUUGGAAUUUAAAUGAUCAUGUACAAACCUGAUCAUAAAUGUGAUAUGAACUCAUUCUAUGCUGUGGAUUCAUUUCUGCUGUAAUAGUAAUGCUGACAUUGAACACAACAAACCUUAAAUGUUUUCAAGAUCCUGUAUUUUAUCCUGUACACUUUGUGACUUUGUAAUUAAUUAUUAGCAAUUAAUUAAAAAGUACUCUCUACUCUACAUUACUAUACUCC